GACGCAGUGACAACAGACGACGUCCCUCCGACGCUGCCCAGGUGUUCGCUGUAUGGAUAUUGCAGAAGAUCUGCUCCGGUUCUUUUAUUUUUUUCUAAAUCACUUAUAUCUGCAUGAAAUGGCCUAAAGAGAUGCUGUGUGUUUGUCGCCGAGGACUCCUGAAAAAUGCCCCCCAAACAAACACACACACACACACUCAUUCUCUCGGAGAGUGAAGCGGGAACGGCAGUGAAAACAUGAAGACUGACGCGGGGAUGAGAAUUUGAGCUGUGUGUUUAUACCUCGAGAAAGGGGGAGAAAGGGGGGAGGAGAAGAGGAGAGAGAGAGAGAGAGAGAGAGAGACAGAGCUAGUGGUUAGCUUAGCUCAACCGGCCGGCGGCUCCUCCUCGGAUAAAUAUCGGACUCUGGUGCCGCCAUGGCCGGACUCAUCAAGAAGCAGAUCCUGAAGCAUCUCUCCAGGUUUGCUAAGAACCUGUCGCCGGACAAGAUCAACCUGAGCACGCUGAAGGGGGAGGGCCAGCUGACCAACCUGGAGCUGGAUGAGGAGGUUCUCCAGAGCCUGCUGGACCUUCCCACCUGGCUGGCCAUCAACCGUGUGUGCUGCAACAAGGCCGCCAUCAGGAUACCAUGGACAAAGUUGAAGACUCACCCCAUUUCUUUGACCCUGGAUAAAGUGGAGAUGGAGAUGAGUACCUGUGAUGAGCCCCGUCCCCCCAAUGGCCCGUCUCCCAUAGCAACAGCAUCAGGACAAAGUGAAUAUGGCUUUGCUGAGAAGGUGGUAGAGGGAAUGUCACUAUCCAUCAACUCCAUCGUCAUCAGGAUCAGUGCUAAGGCCUUUAACGCCUCCUUUGAGCUCUCCCAGCUGCAGGUCUACAGCGUCAACACCAGCUGGAGCAUCAGUGAUCUGCGAUUCACCCGCAUCCAGGAUCCUCAGAGGGGAGAGAUCCUGACGUUCAAGGAGAUCAGCUGGCAGAUGAUCCGUAUCGAGGCUGACGCCAUCCAAAGCGCAGAGCAUGAGAUGUUGAGCGCCCCCAUUCGCCUCAUCACCAACCAGUCAAAGAUCCGAGUCACUCUCAAGAGACGGAUUAAGGACUGUAACGUGGUGGCCUCCAAGCUGAUUCUGAUCCUGGACGACCUGCUCUGGGUGCUGACCGACUCCCAGCUCAAAGCCAUGGUGCAGUAUGCCAAGUCUCUCAGCGAGGCCAUGGAGAAGUCUGCACAGCAGAGGAAGAGCAUGGCCACGGAAGACCAGGUGUCAUCAGCGCCCCCCACAGCCCAGCAGGUGCGCACCCAGCAGGCGUCCACAGCAGCUGACCAGGGUGCAACCAUGGCCAAGCUGUUCAGCGCCUACGACGUAUGUGAGACGUCCCACCACCUGCAGAUCACGCACCUGGACCUGCACAUCUGUGACGACAUCCACGCUAAGGACAAAGUGAUCAAUAAGAGGAUAACGGGUGGAGCCAUGCAGCUUUCCUUCAGCUCCAUUACUCUGGACUACUACCCUUUCCACAGAGCAGGUGACAGUUGUGCUCACUGGAUGCACUACAGCGAAGCCACCAAGACCAGGGAGGGCUGGGCACGGAAUUUACUCGACGAGUUCAAGUCCAAUGUGGAAAUGUUAAAGACUGCAGUUCGAGACCAGCAAGGUCCCGCCCCUGUGCACAGUUCCCCACAACAUGUGUCCCUUAGGGACGAUGUGUAUGGGCCUCUAGGAAGUCAGGAGAGAGCAAGAGGAGGAGGAGUAGGGCUUAGGGAGGCAGAUGGAGGAUUCCUAGAGUGGAGCUCACACGCACAGCCUCCGGCCCAGUGCUGCUGGUGCCUAGAGCCAGGUAAGAUAAACACCUCAUCCAGUGCCGCCUUCAGUCCUCCUCCCACUCAAAGCCCCAAGACCCAGCUCAUGUCCAGCUCUGUUGUUCUCAGGAUAGCUGACUUCAGCAUCUACCAGGUGUCAACAGCCGACCAGCGUCGCUCCAGCCCCAAGACCAUGAUCUCCUGCAAUAAGAAGUCCUUGUACCUUCCCCCAGAGAUGCCAGCCAUUCAUGUGGAGUUCACAGAGUAUUACUUCCCUGAUGGAAAAGACUAUCCCAUCCCGUGUCCUAACCUGUACGUCCAGCUGAACGCCCUGCAGCUGGUUCUGGAUCCUCGCAGCCUGGUGUGGAUCAAUCUUUUCGCCCUUGACCUCAGGCAGAGUCUAGAGCAAUUCAUGGAGAUCUACAAGCUCAGCGACUCGCAGAAACCCGACGAGCAUGUUGACAUCAAGGUUGACGGCCUAAUGCUCAAGCUGGUGAUUCCCACUGAUCGGGAGGCCUCCUGCCCUCCAGAUCUGCCUCGCUCCAUCUCAGUGCAGACCUCAGAAAUGGUGGCGACGAACACCCGGCACCCGGCUAACUGCACCCGCUCCCAUCUUGAGGCCCUGAUACAGGCCUUCGAAGAGGAGCCCUUCUUCUCUCCCACUUUCUCCUCAUUCCCUCGCUCCUCCUCCUCCUUACCCCUCCUCCAUCCCGUCUUCCAGCGCCAUGCUCACGAACAAGAUACCAAGCUCCAUGACAUCUACCGGGGCCUGGUGGUGCCGACGUUGGGCACAGACGCCCUCAAGAUGCCGGCCGCCGCCGACUUUUGGGCGUUGCACUUUGCCCAGUUCUGGGUGGACUAUGAGGGCACCCGCGGAGGCAAGGGGCGGCCGCAGCCCUUUGUAGACUCCUUCCCGCUCACCGUGUGGGCGUGCCAGCCUGCGAAGAUUGUCCAGCACCAGGAGAGGCUUAGGUGUGCUGCUGGAUCAAGUUUGUCCAGGAGCACAUCUGGUGAGGCUGUUGCACGUCUACAGAGGAAACGAUUACUAAAGGAGUAUUACAGUACUGAGGGUGCAACUCACGGGACUGAUACAACACCGCCACCCAGUAACGGACUCCAUAAACCCCUCUCCAUGGACAGUCUGCCUUCUUCCUCUUCUUUGUCGUCAUCAAGUAAAGAUGCAGGUGUGCAUGUAUUGGUGCACGUGCAGAAGCAUUUAAGUGCUCAGCUGGUGGCGAGAUCAGCUCCGCGUCUGUCAAGGGCCUCCACAGUCCAGAGGUGCAGGCUCGCCUGGAGAGCGGGCCCUGUGCCGCCGCUCACUCCCCGCUGGCCGAGCGCAACGGCUUCUUACAGCUGCGUCUCCACGGAUACCAGGCAAGCUUCUUGAUGUCCACGAUGCGUAACCUGGCCCACUUCAUGGAGGACGACUCUGCGCCGCAGGUGCUUCCGAUGGAGAUCAGCAUCAGAGACACACACAUCAACUUAAAGGACGACGGUCCCCGGGACAAUCCCUCCGAGCCCUCGCCAAUCACCCUGCAUGUGGACAGUCUCAUCAUACACAGAAGAGACGACGGCUCCAUCUCUAUAGGAGUGGACACGGCAGCGGAGACCAAACCCGGGAAAGAGGGCGCGUUGAUUGACAGCACUCUGAGCCGGGUCCCUGAGGUCGUGGGCGUCUGCAGUGUACCGAAGUCUACACAGACCCAAGCCCCGCCCACCAGCCCUCCUCCAUCCACCAGAGAAAAGAUGCUGGUGGAGGAAAACGAAUGUUUGAAAGUGGAGCUGUCUCGAGCCAAGAUGGCGCUGGCCGAGGCUCAGAUGGAGAAGGACUCGCUGCUGCACCGCAUGAAGAACCUCAAAGUCAACACCAGCUAGACCCGGCUCUCUCUCUCUCUUUCUCUUCACACCAAGCCAGUCAAGUCAUUCAGCCCCCCCACUGGUCUGCAGUUAUAAGGCCUGAGGGGUCGAGGGUCCGCAACUUAAUUAAAGGCAACAUCAACAAGUGAAGGAAAAAAAAGGGGGAGGCAUUUCUCGACUAAAACUGCUCCCUUUACACGCUUAUUUGUUGAGUGAGCCACCACGUGACUAUAGACUUCAAAAUAAUUCCUUCAUAAAGCAAUGCAGAGUCUGUGGAGACUCAAAAAUACAUGUUUUUACACGCUUGUCGUCUGUUUUAUGUUCUCCACUUUGGACUGUGGAGGCUCGAUUAUAUUCGGAGAGAGUUGAAAAGGGAGAAGUGACAUUUAGUGGGUGUGUGUGUGUGUGUGUUUGUUUGUGUGUUUGUGUGUGUGUGUGAAAGAAAGAGGAUCUAUAUACAUGGUUGUGCCUACAGGACAGCCUUCCUACACUAUUCCUGUUGUGUAAGUUGAAACAAAAAAUAAAGAAAUCACAGCUAAUCUUAGACGAGCUUCAUUCGACCCUGUAGGUAUAAAGGAAAACUGAAUGUCUGUAUCUUCAGAGGAAUGUCUAAAAAAAAAAGACUUAUUUUGCACUGCACUGAAAUCAAACUUUAGUGCUUUCAUAUUCGGGGCGAGGACGAGACAAAUCAUUCUCUCACUCGUCCUCGGGAGUGUGUACAGUGUAUAUUGUAUAAGAAUGUGAGCACAUGACUAUUUUCUUCAGAACAUUGAAUAUGCAGUGUUUCAGUUGAAUGUGUGUGUUUGUCUCAGCCAGAACAAGCAUUUCAUUACAAGUAGAGGAUAAAUUUAUAUCUGUCAGUUCCACGGCUUUGUCAGCAAAAUGCCCCACAGUAAUGUCUGUACCCCCCAACCACUGCCCACCCCCGCAUCCCCUUCCCUCCUAUUUUUCUAUGUGUAAAUAGCUACUUAACAUGUGCAGCACUUUUGAAACUGAGGCACUGUAAAUUUAACAAUUAGAACUGUGAGCGAACAAGCCGACGAGCGGAGAGAGGGUGGAUUUAGAAAAGUAUCUCAUCUCUUCUGAAAAAGAGGAGUAGGAAAAUAAAGGCACAUUAAAGCUGCCUGACUACAUAUAUAUGUGUGUGUGCGUGUUUGUGUGUGUGUCUUUAAGUAAAUUUCUAAUCUGCCAUGUGUAAUUUUUUUCAUGGACACGCGUUGAACGUCUCUGCUGCUGAUCCAUGCUUUCAUGCCUGUGUGACGACUUCAGGGUGAAAACCCACUCCUGAGUAGAUGUUUAAAAACGACUAAAAUAUGACUGACUUUUCUAACAGCACAUGCUUUGGCACAGCACAAAAAAGACUAUAAAAGGACAGUUUGAGGUCUCAAAAGGUUGCUCUCACACUUCACAGUGGAUUCAAGUACAUCCAUCAGUCUACAUAUGCAACUGUCAUAAUAACCUGUACUUUUCCAGUUCAUUUCAGUUCUUAAAAUUCAAAAAAAUGUCAUGGUGAAACACAUGUAGUUCUCUGCACAAAUGUGGUGUCAAGACUUGAAAUGUCAGAGGUAGGAUUUUAACACGAUUGUAUGUUUUCUUCUUCAUCUGUUUUUCCUCCAUUCAUCACAGCCCUCCUCCUCCUCCUCUCCUUCCUCCUCCUUUCCUUCCUCCUCCUCCCGUUUCUGGGAAACUCUGAAACCCUGUGGAGGAAGAAAAGACACAAAAAGUAAUAAGUUGUAUUUUGUCUGUCAAAGCUGCUGAAAUACUGAUGAAAAUAAAAGGGUAUCCAAUUUAGGUUUCA